AAUCAUAGGUCUAUCUUGUGUGCCAUUAAGUGGUGAGACACUUGUGAAACACCUUUCUACUCACAACAGCGCUUCAGUCUUUCACCAAGAUGCAGAAGUGGGUUGUGAUCUGUCUGGCUUUCCUGGCUCUGGUUGGUGCUGAUGAAUGUCCAGAUGGAGGGGUAUGUGAAGAAGGUCAAACCUGCUGCAACGACCCGGCCAACGGCUAUGAAUGCUGCCCACUGGAUCAGGCUGAGUGCUGCGGGGAUCACACCCAUUGCUGUCCUGCGGGAACAGUCUGCAACACAGCCACGUCCAGCUGUUUGAACUUGACCGGGUCUGUCCCCUGGGUGGAAAGGGUUUCAACUGAUCAGCUUGGACUCUCCAAAUCCUUCAGGAUGAUCAAGACGUACAUGGGGGAGGAGGACGACAACGUCUGUCCUGAUCAGUCUCGAUGCCCAGCUGAGUUUUCCUGCCUGAGGGCCUUGACAAAGUUUGGCUGCUGUCCCUUAGCACAGGGAGUCCCCUGCUCCGAUGGGAAACACUGCUGUCCUGAGGGCCACCAGUGCAGCGCAGACAGCCGCUCCUGUAUCAAAAAAGAGCUGGUGACUACAGUUCUGUGCAAUGACGGAGUGUCAGAGUGUCCAGAUGAAACCACCUGCUGUGAAACCCCAGAAGGAAAGUGGGGGUGCUGUCCCACACCAAAGGCCGUGUGCUGCGAGGAUAAGACCCACUGCUGUCCUGAAGGGAGCACAUGUGAUGUCGAACACAGCAAAUGUAUUUCCUCGGCUACCAAAAAAGAGAUGCCAAUGUGGGCCAAAUUCCCCGCCAGGACGAGAGCAGACUGGGAGAACCAGAAAGAAGGCGAACAAGUCACUGCAAAGACAGCUGUUGAUGGUGGCUCAAAACAAGACCCUAAAGUCACCACAGUGAGUGCAGUUCCUCCUACAGAGAAGGACGAAUCAUCUGUCACUAUGGAAGCUACAGGUAAUAGUGUCCCCACAAUAACCAGACAGGGCGCACAGGCGGGGAAUGUGACAUGUGACCCCACCCACUAUUGUCCUGAUGACAACACCUGCUGCAAGACUGCAACAGGAGAGUGGGCCUGCUGUGGUCUACCUGAGGCGGUCUGUUGUGACGACCACGAAAGCUGCUGCCCGGCUGGCACCACCUGCAACACGGUCACGGGCUCUUGCGACAGCCCCUCGGGAUCAACGCCCAUAAAGCAGAAGAAGCCUGCGUUUGCCAUACCGGUGUACACGACGGGGGAGCCUGAGAAAGAGGAGGCAAAGACAGCACAGGAGGCCGAUGAUGAGGAGGAGGAGGAGGAUGAAGAAGACGAGGAGCGCAUUCAGUGUGACCCCCACACAACCUGCCCUCAGUCCACCACCUGCUGCUUCAUGACCUCGUCUCAUAAGUGGGGCUGUUGCCCGCUGCCAGAGGCGAUGUGUUGCGCUGAUGGAAACCACUGCUGUCCCGUCAACUACCAGUGCGACGAGGAGAAGACCACGUGCACCAAAGGGGAAGUGGUGAUUCCCUGGUACACCAAGCUUCCAGCCUCCAUCAGCGUCGAGGCUGAUCCCAGCUCUGUGCAGUGCGACAGCCAGAGUCAAUGUCCCGAAGACACCACCUGCUGCCGGCUGUCGACGGGCGAGUGGGGCUGCUGCCCAAUACCAAAUGCUGUGUGCUGCCAAGAUAAGGAGCACUGCUGCCCACAGGGUUACACCUGCAACAUGGCCUCCAACUCCUGUCAGAAGCUCAUCAUGCUGCAGCUGGAGGCCGUCCCGCUAACACAGGUGUAUCUGCCCGAGCGUCAACCCGAGCUCAGUCCCUCAAAGCAGAGAGACGUCAAGUGUGACGACACGACCAGCUGUCAAGAUGGAGAGACAUGCUGCAGGACCUCGGCUACUUCAUGGGGCUGCUGUCCUUAUGCUAAUGCGGUGUGCUGCAGCGACAUGCUGCACUGCUGUCCCACCGGCUACACCUGCGACGAUACCGCAGGCUGCAUCCAGAACGCCAGGCUCCACUGGCACAAGUGGCAUAUGUUCUUCGGCAACAAAAAGAGAGCUCUAGUUGUGUGAAACCUCCCCUGCACUUGUCAUUUGUUUCUGCAUAAUGCACUAAUUGGAACUAAUGUAAAAGGGAUGUUAUCAUAAUUGUUGUGGUGAAGGUGAAGGGGACACUGUUAAUUGAAUUGCACUUGGGGUUAUGAUUUUCUGCAACUACAACUUAAAGCAGAAAGAUAAACGUCAGCUAUGGCCUUGUUAUUCCAAGCAAACAGUUACAAACUACUUAAAACAUGCCUCCAUCCAAUAAAACAAUCCACAGGCAAUAUGAUUUUAUUCACUGUCAAAUCUGUUUUUGUAUGUUCUGCUUCAGCUGCCUUUUGCUGCAGAAGGCACUUCUCUAUCAAUAAUCAGUCACAAUUUAGGGCAUAAUUUCACAUAAUUAUCAUCAUUUUACAUUUAUGUGAUUCCACCUCAUGAUGAGUGAAUCCGCUGUAGUGAUGUUUUCAAGUCAGUACUUCAGAUUUGGGAUAUAUUCAUGGCAUAAUCUGUAUGGAGUCUUUCAUUUUAAGUGUUUUAAUUUUGUGCAUCUUGUUGUCGCUUUUAAUUUGGGAUUUCAAACACACCUUGAUGCAUGCAUGGUGAAGCUUAAUCUGCAUGAAAAUAAUGAGCAAGAAAUGUGUUACAACAUUAAAGCUUGUCAAAUCAUUCCUGUGGGAAUACACGAUUAAAGCAUCGCUUUCUAUAAAGAAGAGAAAGAUUGAAAGGCAUAAAAUAAGACUCCUUAUUAAACGCCUUUUUAUCCUUAUCCGUACUUCCGGGAUGGAAUUCCACUUUUCAGGAUGACGUCGUACAGUUUAAGCCUUUUCUGACGUCAGGCUUUUCUUUGGGAUUAUCGGACCUCCUCUUUGAGCAGUGUGAAGCUCUGAAGGAGUACAAAUUGAGAUUUCCGACUGCA